GCUACUACUUAAGGAGUGAGUGCCAUGAAUGCUUGCACUCACUUUACGCCAGUCAAACCUGCUACAGCUACAACCAUGGCAAGAGGCAAAGUCUGUCUCCUGGCAGCUCUGUGCUCCCUUCUCAUCCUCUCCACCUUUAUUGGCAGCACACAGUCAGCGAGCUGCUGCCUGAGGUACACCAGACGUCAGCUGCCGUGCAGACGGCUGCUGGGCUACACCAUCCAGACCAUCAACACUUCCUGCGACAUCAAUGCCAUUAUCUUCCACAUUCCAGGAAGGUUUGUGUGUGCCGAUCCUUCAGUCAGCUGGACCCGCAGAGGGAUGUUGUGUUUGGAGGAAAGGAGGAGGAAGAACACUCAGAUAAUCAAAGAAGUAAUCCAAGGCAACACCACGUCAUCAUAAACUCUGUACAGCAGCCAACGUCUGCAGCGCAUGACUCUUAUUUUUGAACAUUUGUGCACUUAGGAACCAAGAAUUUGCCACUGACUGUUGUCGUAACACCAUAUGUUAUGACUAUUCCACACAAAAUACUUUAAAAAGGACUAUCGAUGUAAUUUUUGUAAUUUAUUUUCUCAUAUUUGUUCUGUUCUAUGAACAUGAAAGUGUAGUAUUCUUAAUACAUAGUAAACAUUUAGCUGUGACUACAGUGCGUAUACAAAAUUAAAAAAGAACACUGAUUUUAAAAAUUAAAGCAAAUUUUUUUAUACAUUUUGUGUUGAUGUUUACCAGGUCUGAACCUCUAAGGUCAAAGAGAUGAAGUAUGACUCACUGUGUUUUCAGAAAAGUGGAAAGGUUUGAUUCUAACCGAUAUUCUUCUAUCCGACUAUUAGCAGGAUAGUUCUCCCUUGUGAGCCGGGUCCUGCUCAAGGUUUCUUCCUGUUAAAAGAGAGUUUUUCUUUGCAACUGUCUGCUUGCUCAGGGGUUCAGGCUCUGGGUUUCUGUAAAACACCUAGAGACAAUUUUGAUUGUAUAAGGUGCUAUAUAAAUAAAUUGAAAUUGAAAUAAAAUUGAAUUGAAUUAAUUUAUUAAGACAGAAGCUUAAGCAUACAUGUAUCAGUAAAAAUGGGUUUCACUGCAUUCACUGUGUCCUCACAGGUCAAUUCAUAACAUUUCAUAAUGAUAUAACAAUGCAACUUUUUCAAUCAUGACAAAAAAAACAAACAAAAAAAAAAACAAAAAAACAAGUUGCAUCAUAUCUU